GAGCUCAAGAGCCGGGCAAGAUGGUCCUGUGGCCGGAUGUGCCCCACAGGCCAUAGUUUGCCCACCUCUGCAAUAGAUGGAUGCAGACAGACUGAUGGGAGAGUACAGUGAAACAAAGAGACAGCAUUUGUCAACAUGGUAGGCAGUGACCUCAGUACAACUGUGGUCUAACCAUUGUCAAGUUUUUUUGUUGGCAUCAUGGAAGAAGACUGUUUUAAGGAAGGAUUUGAAGGAGGAUAAUGAGGUAGCUUUGCAGAUGUUUAUGGGAAGCUUCUUCCAGUCCUGAGGGGCAGCAUGGGAGAAAGCAUGAAGGUGCAUAUUUGAACAUUUAACAGGUGGGUAAUAGAAGCUAUUAUGGACCAAUCAGAGGCGACAGUUGACAUUUCAGUAUUGAAAGAGAUGAUAGGUAGGAUGGGAUAGGCUGUGAUGGGCCUUGAAAGUGAAGACAAAUAGCUUCUGUUUGAUAUGGAAGAAAAGUAGGGACAAGUGAAGUGAUACAAAGAGGAGUGAUGCAAUCAAAGAGAUGAGCUAGGAAAAUGAUCUUUGCAACGACAUUCUGAGGAUAUGACUGGGCAAGAUUGCACUUGGCGAGGCCUGAAAAAAGGAUAUUAAAGUAAUUCAGAUGCAAGAUGGUGAGAGCUUGGAUCAGAGUUUUAGUUGUGUGGAUGGAAUUGAAAGGCCUUUUCUUUGAGACAUUAGGCAGAAAGAAUGGUCAAGAUUGAAAGACAUAGUCUGGAUGCGAUGACCUAGAGAGAGGUCUGAGUUGAAUAAAAUGUGCAGAUUACAGGCCUGAGUGACAUACAAGAUGGUGGUGGUGUCCACAGUGAUGGAGAAAGAAGGUAGCAGAGCAGGUUGGAGCUUGGCUGAAGAGGAAAUAAAGGCAGAGCAGGAGGUGGUGGAGGGGAUGGAUAUCUCCACUCGAUCCAAAGGAAGCCAGGGCAGGCUGCAGAAAUCUGGAGAACUGAAAAUCGCCAUCCCUGUAGUAUCUGACUGCCCUAUGGAUUUUGAACUGGAUUUUGAAACCCUGGCUCAGGCAAUCCAUGAUCCUGGCUCUGCCGAACGCACAGCACAAAAGAGGAAGUUUCCCAGCCCUCCACACUCUUCCAAUGGCCACUCCCCACAAGAUGCAUCUACGAGCCCUAUUAAAAAGAAAAAGAAGCCUGGCCUAUUGAACAGUAACAAUAAAGAGCAGUCAGAACUAAGACAUGGUCCGUUUUACUAUAUGAAGCAGCCACUCACCACAGACCCUGUUGAUGUUGUACCGCAGGAUGGACGGAAUGAUUUCUAUUGCUGGGUUUGUCAUCGGGAAGGCCAAGUCCUCUGCUGUGAACUCUGUCCUCGGGUUUAUCAUGCUAAGUGUCUGAAACUGACAGCGGAACCAGAGGGUGAUUGGUUUUGCCCAGAAUGUGAGAAAAUUACUGUAGCAGAAUGCAUAGAAACGCAGAGUAAAGCUAUGACAAUGCUCACCAUUGAACAGCUAUCAUACUUGCUCAAGUUUGCACUACAGAAAAUGAAACAGCCAGGGACAGAGCCAUUUCAAAAGCCAGUUUCACUGGAUCAACACCCAGAUUAUGCAGAAUAUAUCUUUCAUCCAAUGGACCUUUGUACAUUAGAAAAGAAUGUUAAAAAGAAAAUGUAUGGUUGCACUGAAGCAUUUUUGGCUGAUGCCAAAUGGAUUUUGCACAAUUGCAUUAUUUACAAUGGGGGAAAUCACAAAUUGACACAAACAGCAAAAGUCAUAAUCAAAAUCUGUGAACAUGAGAUGAAUGAAAUUGAAGUGUGUCCAGAAUGUUAUUUAGCUGCUUGCCAAAAACGAGAGAACUGGUUUUGUGAGCCUUGUAGCAAUCCCCACCCUUUGGUCUGGGCUAAACUCAAAGGCUUUCCAUUCUGGCCUGCUAAAGCACUGAGGGAUAAAGAUGGGCAAGUCGAUGCCCGUUUCUUUGGCCAACACGACAGGGCCUGGGUUCCAAUAAAUAAUUGCUACCUCAUGUCUAAAGAAAUUCCUUUUUCUGUGAAAAAGACUAAAAGCAUCUUCAACAGUGCAAUGCAAGAAAUGGAGGUUUAUGUGGAGAAUAUUCGUAGAAAGUUUGGAGUAUUUAAUUACGCACCUUUCCGGACACCAUAUACUCCCAACAACCAAUACCAAAUGUUAUUAGAUCCUGCAAACCCAGCAGCUGGAACUGCAAAGACAGACAAACAAGAGAAAAUCAAACUGAACUUCGACAUGACAGCAUCACCCAAGAUUCUAAUGAGCAAAUCUAUGCUGAGCAACACUGGUCGAAGGAUUUCCUUGACAGAUAUGCCACGGUCACCAAUGAGUACAAACUCAUCAGUUCACACUGGAUCCGAUGUUGAACAGGAUGCAGAGAAAAAAGCAACUUCCAGUCAUUGUAGUGCAAGUGAAGAGUCCAUGGACUUCAUUGACAAGAGUUCAGCUUCUCCAGCACCAGCAAGGACGGGCCAAACAGGGAGCUUAUCAGGCAGCCCAAAACCUUUCUCUCCUCAAGCCUCAACACCUAUUGCUGCUAAACAAGAAAGAACUUCCACUCCAGGAAGCAUUCUGAACCUUAACCUUGAUCGCAGCAAAGCUGAGAUGGAUCUGAAAGAACUGAGUGAAUCAGUCCAGCAGCAGUCCACACCUGUGCCGCUAAUUUCACCAAAACGACAGAUUCGCAGCAGGUUCCAGCUUAAUCUUGACAAGACAAUAGAGAGUUGUAAAGCACAGUUAGGAAUCAAUGAAAUCUCUGAAGAUGUUUAUAACGCAGUAGAACAUAGUGACUCUGAGGAUUCUGAAAAAUCAGACACCAGUGACAGUGAAUAUAUCAGUGAUGAUGAACAGAAAUCAAAGAAUGAUCAGGAAGAUGGAGAGGACAAAGAAAGUGGAAAAAGUGACAAAGAAUCAUUGACCAUGAAAAAAAAACCUAAACCCCCAGCUCCAGCUGACGUCAAAGAGGAACUUAAAAGCACAAGUCCAGGAGUGGAGAAAACAGAUGUCCCUGUCAAAGAAAAGGCUAAUACAGACUCUGAGAAAGACUUUUCUGAAAAGGGAAAAAAUUUGCAGCAUCCUGCAAAAGAAAAACUGAAAGGUAAAGAUGAGACAGACUCUCCAACUGUGCAUCUGGGUCUGGACUCUGAUUCAGAGAGUGAACUUGUCAUCGAUCUAGGGGAAGAUCAUUGUGGGCGUGAGGGACGGAAAAACAAGAAAGAAUCUAAAGAACCGCCUCCUAAGCAAGAUGUUGUAGGUAAAGUUCCACCUUCUUCCAGUGCAAGCAGCCAGCCUCCACCUGAAACUCCUGUGCUUACCCGGUCUGCAGCCCAAACUCCACCAGCUGGAGUCACAGCUACUACUAGUGCUACUUCUACUGUCACUGCUCCAGCAGCAGCCACAGGGAGCCCUGUGAAAAAGCAGAGGCCGCUUCUACCUAAGGAAACAGCCCCUGCUGUGCAGCGAGUAGUGUGGAAUUCUUCAAAUAAAUUUCAAACGUCGUCUCAGAAAUGGCACAUGCAAAAGGUACAGAGGCAACAGCAGCAGAGCCAGCAGUCUCAACAGUCGCAACAACCUCAGUCUUCUCAAGGGACAAGAUAUCAGACAAGACAGGCAGUAAAAGCUGUACAGCAAAAAGAGAUCACCCAGAGCACUUCCACAUCAACUAUCACCUUGGUUACAAGUACUCAGCCUGUUUCUAUGGUUACCAGUUCUGGUUCUUCAAGUACACUUUCUUCUUCAAUUAAUACAGACUUGCCAAUAGCAACAGCUUCAGCUGAUGUGGCAGCAGAUAUUGCAAAGUACACUAGCAAAAUGAUGGAUGCAAUAAAAGGAACAAUGACUGAAAUAUAUAACGAUCUUUCCAAAAAUACCACUGGAAGUACAAUAGCAGAGAUUCGUCGUUUGAGAAUUGAAAUAGAGAAACUUCAAUGGUUACAUCAACAGGAACUCUCAGAAAUGAAACACAAUCUUGAAUUGACAAUGGCGGAGAUGCGGCAAAGUCUUGAGCAGGAGCGUGAUCGUUUGAUUGCUGAAGUAAAGAAGCAGCUGGAGUUGGAGAAGCAGCAAGCUGUGGAUGAAACCAAGAAGAAGCAGUGGUGUGCCAACUGCAAGAAAGAGGCCAUCUUCUACUGCUGCUGGAAUACCAGCUACUGUGACUACCCCUGCCAGCAAGCUCACUGGCCUGAGCAUAUGAAAUCCUGCACACAGUCAGCUACUGCAACACAACAAGAAACAGAUACAGAAAUUAACCCAGAAACAUUAAAUAAAUCGUCCCAGCCCAGCUCCAGUGCACAGACUCCAUCCACAGAAACAGCCAGCACCCCAAAGGAAAAGGACAGUGCAGCCGAUAAAAACAAAGACUGUGUUACAAUAGCAACAGGUGUGACAAGCAACCAGCCUAUAAAACUGGUCCAGGUACCGCAGACCACCACCUAUAUUCCAACUACUCAACCCACAAUUACCAUUCCUGUAGUGGUAAGUCCUUCUGCUGGGACAGUGGCAAUGAGAACUGGAGUUCAGUAUGUUCAGACCACAAUGCCAGUCCAAGUACGAAGAGUCUAACUACUAACAAGAAGCCCAGGCGACUGUUGGAAUAAAUAACUAAUAAAAAUCUGUCUAAUAGAAAUGUGAAAAUAAACACAGUUCUUUGGAUUAACCUCAAAGGUUCAGACUUUAGCUUUGUAUAUGUGUACAAAGCAUUAACUACACUACAUUAAUGUAAAGCAUUAGCGCUGGCUUUAAAAAGCUGAGGACAGGUAAGAUCCAUGUUAAAUCUAUGCUUCAGUUGUAAAUAAUGUACAAUUUGUGGAUGUCAUUAAAGUUAGAGUACCAUCUCCUUUUUAUAUUUGUAUUGACUUUAACUUAUAAAGAGUGUUUGAAGUUGGUAAAGGAAAGAUUAAAACAGCCUUAUCACGAACGAACAUUGAAAACUGGACUUAAGGAACUGCAGUUGCACAUAAAAUCACUUACUCUUUAUUAUCAAGAGAGAAUCUGAUCUUCUUAAUUUGCAUUUGGUAAUGAAAACAAUUGUGCACUUUGAAACUGUUAAAAUUUCUUUUUGUGCAACUAAAGUUGAAAAUGUACCUUUUAAAAUUUCAUUUUAUUAGGCAAAUUAUGAAAUUUCCAAUAUGUGGACCUUGAAGUACACAAAGAGGGUAUUUUUUGUUUUUUUACAGUGAUCAGACUGUUAAAAAUAAUAUUGUUUACAGGAAACCAGCUUAAAUUUCAUUCAGCCUAACAGCAGAAGAGUAGAAAGAAUACCACCAAUUAGUUGGUAACAUGAUUUCUGAUCAAUAGUAUCAGAUGUGAGAAAGGUGGAUUUUUUUUCUAUGGUUCAUAGUUGUUUUUUUUAAAAUCCUCUCUAAGAACUUUGAAAUGCUUUUCAAAUGGAACAAGAACUUGAUUUGGAGAAGACUAUGUAUCAGGAAACAUGGGCAAAGGACUUUUGAUGCUGGGCUAGAGCAUGUAUUAUUUAUAUGAUGGAAUUUACGUUUUUAUGUAAGCAUGAAACAGUACAGUAUGAGAAAGUAACCCAUGAAAAUUCUGUCUGUUACACUUAUACUGUAGUAUCAUUUUGUAUGUUGUGUAAAACGAAAGCAUUGAACAAAGCAAAGGUGAUGUAUGUAUAUGAGAAAAUUAAUUGUAUUAUAUCAUUCCAGUACAUUUUGUUGUACAUUUUAGUCAUGUUGAUUUCUCCCAUUGUUUAUAAAAGGAUGCAGUUUGUACAGUCUCCAGCUAGUUACCCACAUUAGAGGGAAAAAAAGUAUUAGAAGAAAAAAAUCAAGAACAGAAUAUUCGUGAAUUGCAGUUGUGUCAAAAAUAGCCUAGCUGGCCUUAUUUGUGAAGCAUAAUUGCUUUUAGCAUAUGGAAGUAUUUUUUCACAUUUUCUUUGUAUAAAAUUUGUAUUAAACUUAAAUAUCUUUUUGA